UUCCAGGGCAAGAAGGUGGGUUUAGAUAGCAUAGCAUAGCGAUGUUUAUUUUAAUUAUGGAUUAUUAAUUGUUGUUUUCAGAAAUGGAUGGAGGAAGCAGUCGGACUGCUGUGGACGAUCUGCUAGCUGUACACCCUGGGGACGAGACAAACAGCAUCGAGACAUCAGACACGGGAAGGCAGCAGGACGAGGAAGGGGACAUUCCACGCGGAGCAAAUGGCGGAGUAGAAUCUGACAAUCCUCCCUCACAGAGUCGAACAGACCAGACGGACAGGCUUGCGGUGAAACGUACUGUGGAUAAACGCUUUGGUUGUACUGAAUGUGACUAUAGAACAGCCUCAAAGGCUGAUCUAUUAAAGCAUACAAGAACACAUACUGGAGAGAAACCCUUUAAAUGUGACCAGUGUGACUAUUCUGCGACACAGAAAUGCAAUUUAGACAGUCACAUGGCUAGACACUCCGGAGAGAAACCCUACAUGUGUGGAGAGUGCGGAUACAGGACUGCUGUCAGGUCUCACCUAACCGAACAUAUGAGAAGACAUACAGGCGAGAAACCCUACAAGUGUGACCAUUGUGACUAUUCUUCAGCACGGAAAUCUGAUUUGGAUCGACACAUGGCUAAACACACCGGCGAAAAACCCUUCAUGUGUGGAGAGUGCGGAUACAGGACGGCUGAUAGGUCUUCCUUAGCCGUACAUAUGAGAACACAUACAGGCGUAAAACCUUAUGAAUGUGACCAGUGCGACUAUUCUGCUGCAAAGAAAAGCUAUUUGGACCGACACAUGGCUACACACACCGGAGAAAAACCCUUCAUGUGUGGAGAGUGUGGAUACAGGACUGCUCGCAGGUUUCACCUAUCCCAACAUAUGAUGAAACAUACAGGUGAGAAACCCUAUAAAUGUGACCAGUGUGACUAUUCUGCUACGGACAAAAGGUAUCUAAAGAAACACUGCUUAGUCAAACACACUUCAUAGGGAUACAAUUGAGAGUCGCGGAUUCAUUUCUAAACUAUCCGUCAGUACACAUAAAAAAGGGACAGGUGAAGACUGAUAACACAAAUGUGAUGAAUGUUAUCUCUGCUUCAUCGAAAUUUAGACCUACACAUGGUCAAAAUAACCGUUGAAAAAGCUACGUGUGUGAGGAGUGUGGGAUGGAAGUUAU